GUGUUGGAUCCACGUGAUGAGACUUCAUAUGUUCACCGUGCAGCAGGAGAGACCUACGGUGGCUUCACAAUUGUUGCUGGCAAUUUCACAAGCCUGCAGCAAACCGUGCAGAUGUUUCCAUCCGGCAUUACAUUGAUCGGCGACGCAUUCAUCCCAAAAGACUUCUCGGUCAAUGAGCUCUAUAUCCAAGACCUGCACUCGCAGCGGCCGGAAAUGGGUUUGGAAUAUGCCAAAAGCAGAGCGAAGUCGCACAUGCGGCAGUGGGAAGCCUUCGAGCGAUGUGGGCAAUUGUUAAGCGGUCCUGUGAGCCAUGCCAACUACACCUUGAGAAUGCGUGAUGACAGCGCAGUGAUGGAACGCUUUGAGCCGCGGAUGCUGCAGAGGGAGCUGCUGGACGACGGGUUCUAUACUCCAGACUGUGCUGGCUAUGGAGGCAUCAAUGACAAGGUUGCCUUGAUCAAGGGACGAGGAGCUGCACAGACAUAUUUUUCUCUCCUUCUGGACACCAUGCGCAAUCGCUUCCAAGAGGUGCACCAGCGCCUGAUGUCGGAAAACCCCCGGCACUGCAAUCCGGAAAAUGCCCUCAAAGUCAUGUUGGAGCUUGGCCUGAUGAAGAUUACGCGUCUUCAGCCAGUCGCCCUGCCGAUCAUGCCCUCGAAAAAUCUGCGCAGGGAUGGGCUGACAAAUCUGUGCUUCUUCAACGGUGAUGAACACUACCGUCAAUGUAUGCCAGAACAUUUUCAUGAACGCUUUACAUCAUUUGCGACUGCUGGGUUCAGCAUCAAGAAGUACGCGUACAGCGAGAUCCCAUCUUUCCUGUGUGAGGACCGUGCCUUUGGCUAUUAG